AUGAUCCUAAACUUUUUUGAUCAAUUCCUAAGUCCCUCCAUCCUCGGAAUUCCACUUAUUAUCCUCGCAAUCGCUUUACCCUCACUAAUCUUCCCAACCCCAACUAACCGAUGACUUAACAACCGACUAAUAACACUCCAAAGCUGAUUUAUUAAUCGAUUUACUUAUCAACUCAUUCAACCUAUAAACUUCACCGGCCAUAAAUGAGCUAUACUAUUUACAACACUAAUACUAUUUUUAAUCACUAUCAACCUACUAGGCCUUCUCCCUUACACCUUUACACCAACGACACAACUCUCCCUUAACAUGGCAUUCGCCCUUCCCCUAUGAUUUACCACCGUCCUAGUGGGUAUACUUAACCAACCCACAGUGGCCCUAGGACACUUCUUACCAGAAGGUACCCCCACCCUUCUAGUACCAGCCCUAAUUAUCAUUGAGACCAUUAGCCUAUUUAUCCGACCACUAGCAUUAGGAGUACGAUUAACCGCUAAUCUGACAGCCGGUCACCUACUUAUACAACUAAUUGCAACUGCCACCUUUAUGCUCAUCACCAUUAUACCAGCCGUGGCACUCCUCACAUCAAUUAUUUUAUUUUUACUAACAAUUUUAGAAGUAGCUGUAGCAAUAAUCCAAGCAUAUGUAUUUGUCCUCCUAUUAAGUCUUUAUCUACAAGAGAAUAUCUAA